GUUCAAGUGGAAGUUUGAAAACAGUUCAUGAUGCAGAUUAUGAUGAACAUGGCUCAGGAUGCUUUCUCGUGAAAUUGGUGUUGAUCAUAUCUCAUUUCUGUUGAUGUGCUCAGAGUGGAAACCGAGCGAAGAAAUUCACGUUGAGGAAACUAAAGGAACUCUGUUGUUUGCUAGCCGAGCCAAACGCAUCACGAAUUGUGCUCAAGUGAAUGAGAUUCUGACUGAUGCGACCUUACUGAAGCGACAGAAGUUAGAGAUAGAAGAGCUCCGAAGGAAACUUCAGGGGUCUCAUGCUGAAGUGCUGGAGCAAGAAAUUCUGAAAUUGAGGAAUGAUAUGCUGAAGUACGAGUUAGAAAGGGAGAAGCUUGCAACGCAGCUCGAAGAGGAGAGGAAGUCACAAAAGGAGAGAGAACAGUGCAUUAGGGAGCAGCAGAUGAGAAUCGACAACCUAAGCAGUAUGGCAACCUCUUCAGACUGUGAUAGGAGCUCUGGCCAGGUUCAGCGUGCUGGUUUAUCAAGACUGCCAGGAGAAUUCAGUGAAAACAGCAGCACUUGCCAAGAAGAUUUGUUCGGAACUCCAAGCUUUAAAGCUGCUCCUAAUGCAUUUGUUUCAAAAAGAUCCAACUAUGCGAGGCUCGAUGACUACAGUCCUCUUCCAGAAACUUUGAGCAACGUGGCUGAUGAAGACACCUGGAUGAAAUUAAACAACGGCUUCACGGUUGACUUUGAUUCCAUUCAAAUGACCCCGGCAAGGAAAGCUCAGUCCUUCCCGUCAAAUGAAGUCACUCCUGGGCGUUCUACAGAGAAGUACAGUCAAGAGGUCCAAAAUCUCAAACGAGAACUGCAACUUAUCACUGAGGAGAAGAAUGGUCUCAAGGAGAAGCACUCAGAACUAUCGCUACUCUCCGACCGUUUAAUGCAGGAAAAAUCAGAACUUGAGCAGAGAGUAGACUUGAUUAGCCAAAUCCCUCGGAAUUUUCUCCAAUGUAUUGCAAGCUCAAUCAGCAGCUACGAAGAAGCUUAUUCGACAUUACAGAGUUGUGCACGGGAUGAAGAAACUUCAACAGCAAGAUUGCUCUCUGGAACCAGAGAAAUUGGGAUCACCCUCUUAUCAAAUCUGGAAGGCCUGGUCUCCCGUGCAAUGGAUAAUGACUUUGAACCCUUCCCAAGGGUAGAUGAUUCUGCACUUGAUCAGCAGUUAAAAAUGCUGUCGGAGGGGUUAAAAGUCACAGUUGCAUCACUGGCAACAUCGGAGUCUAAGGAAUGCUGCACUUCCACUGGACAAACUGCUCCAAGCGAUGACAAGAAAAUGGGGAGUGAACUUAAGGCAAUCAAGGUGAAACAUGAAGAGUUGGAGAAAGAGUUGGAACAGAAGAACAAGCUUCUGGAGGUUUCUGGAGAUAAAUACAUCAGCUUGGAAAGAGAUGUCCAGCUUCUGAAUCGAGAGAGGGAAUCGCUUGUCCAUAGAGUUUCUGAGUUAUCUGAGAAACUUGAUCUGGCAACCAACCAGAAGGAGAACGUGGUGAAGGACUUGAACUGCGAAGCACAGCGAAGGAAGAACCUGGAAGCUGACAUCAAACAGGUCAGUGUUGCCUUCGCCGGCGGCAGAAAUCGUUCAUAACUUUGGAUAGUGAGUUCCGGUCCAAAAUGGAGCAGCUUAGAUCCCUCCUGCAUUCGGGUUCAGUAUCAUCCAAACCUCUAGGAUUUUUUAAUUCCUGAUAGAUGAGACAGAGGGAGAGAGAGGUUUAAAGAACUUGGGCAACUGCCUUGUUUAAAACUGUAAGAUUAGGCUAAUUAUGAUACGGACUUCGGAUUUUGCUUGCCGUAUUUAUGUGAUGAACGUGUCCAUUUAGGUGUUUUGACCCGUUGAGAUCCCCUUGAAUCCACUGAGAUUAUUAGGUACUUAAUUGUAUUUGUACAUAUUUCUAUAAUUUCCUUUAGGCUAAAUGACAUGUUUGCUCAUUGAGUUUACUAUUUAGUUUAAUAUUUAUCACUAAUUUUUUUUAAUUGCAUUAGUGAUAACUAAUUAUUUUGUAUUUUCGUUUAAUUAUCGGUCAUUCUCACUCUAUUUCCGUGAUUUUUGUUCUAUAUGACAGUCAACACUUAAGUUUGACAUUUGAAGAGAUGACUUGUUAUAGAAUUUGCAUUAAUUCAAUUGCAAAAACAAUUGAAUUUGUGCUCUUUAGUGCCACCUUAACAUUUUUGUAAUCCAACUCACAUUGUUUUCCUUAACCUACAUCAACACAAUUACUUUACAAUUGCAAUAGAUUUGUUUUAAUACCGUUCUAUAAACGUAAAAUACUUAA